GCACACAUACUAUUAAAGUAAUUAUUAUAAUUAAGGUAAAAUAUUUAUGAGUAAAAAUGCAAGGGCUUUGGAACCUAAUUGGCAAAGUUGGACAAGGACCUGGCAAGGAUUUUGCAUUUGGCAUUGAAAAUAAAGUUUUAUCACCUUGUGAUGAAAAAUCAGUAUGGGGUCUUCAUCAAGGGAAAAAAAGAAUAACUGGUGAUCCUGUAUCCAUAUUUGUUUGUGAUGCUAAGUCUGCUUCUCCUGAGGAGUUUUAUCUUGCAAAAACAGCUUACAAACGUUUAAAGACUUUACGACAUCCAAAUAUUAUAAAGUUUUUAGAUGGAUUUGAGUCUGAAACAAUGUUGUACAUGGUUACUGAACCUGUUACACCUUUGAUUCUUUUUCUUGACAAAGAUGAUGGAAGAAAUUCAAAUCUUAUAACAUGGGGAAUUCAUCAAAUUACUACUGGUUUGAGUUUUCUUGUGAAUGACUGUAAUUUAGUUCAUGAAAAUGUAAACAUUUUCUCAGUUUUUGUUGGAAAUGAUGGUGAAUGGAAACUUUCGGGCAUGGAAUACAUGCAUGCUUCAAAUACAGAUCCAGUUGCUAAGUUACCUAAAUUGCAAUGUUAUAAUACCCCUGAAGGUUUGAAAGAUGUUGUUAAGGGAUCUUGGUCUACAGAUUCUUGGGGAUUGGGUUGUUUAAUUUGGGAGAUUUACAAUGGAGCACUUCAAUCACCAGCUGACCUUAAAAUAAUAAACAAAUUACCAAAGCAACUAGUUAUUCAUUAUUGUGACUUGGUCUGUGCAAAUCCUAAAAGUAGAAGCAAUCCAAAAAAAUUUCUUGAAAACUGCACAAAAGCUGGGCAGUUUUUAGACAAUGAUUUUAUAAAAGCAAAUCUAUUUUUACAAGAGGUUCAGAUAAAAGAUAUUUCAGAACAAAAAGAGUUUUACUCAUCCUUAGAUAAAAACCUGGAUUCAUUCCCAAAGCAGUUUUGUAUAGACAAAAUUCUUCCACAACUCCUAAAUGCAUUUGAGUUUUCAGAUUCUGGAUCUGCAAUUCUCUCACCACUUUUCAAGGUUGGACUUCUCCUCGAUGAGCCAUCAUAUCAAGCAAAAAUACUUCCUUGUAUUAUAAAGCUAUUUUCAUCAAAUGAUAGAGCAACAAGAGUUCAAUUGCUACAGCAGUUAGAGAAGUUUAUAAAACAUCUUCAACCAAAUGUUGUAGACAACCAGAUCUUUGCAUGUGUGGCAACUGGGUUUGGUGAUACAUUACCUGUUAUGCGUGAACAAACUGUAAAGGCUAUGCUUCUGUUAGCACCAAAAUUAUCUGAAAAAACAGUGAACAACCAACUUCUAAAAUAUUUUGCCAAGCUGCAAAUGGAUGAACAGCCAGGUAUACGAACAAAUACAACUAUAUGUCUCGGAAAAAUUGCACAGUAUAUUUCAGAAUCAACUCGGAAAAAAGUUUUAAUUCCGGCAUUUUCAAGAGCACUGAGAGAUCCUUUUCCUCCUGCUCGUUCAGCUGGUGUCUUGGCUUUAUCUGCUACUCAAGAGUACUAUUCAAUAGAAGAUAUAGCUCAAAAGAUACUACCCUCAAUAUGUGCAUUAACAAUUGAUCAAGAAAAAAAUGUUCGAGAAAAUGCUUUUAAACUCAUAAGAUGUUUUCUUGAGAAGCUAGAAGCUUUUUCUAAAGAUUCCAACAGUACAGUAAAUAACCAAGAAAAAGAGAAAGAGCAAUUAAGUCAAUCGUCAACAUGGACUGGUUGGGCUGUAACAUCAUUAACAUCUCGCUUUUAUCAACAACAGCAACAGCCACAGUCACCAGAUUCUUCUACUAAUUCUGAUUCCAAACCAAGUGCAGAGCUUAAUCUGAAAGAACAUAAAACAGAUGUUGCUAAGCAAGAACCUAAUGUUAGUGUAAAUAACCAAUCUGUUUACACAGAGGCAAAAAAUUAUGAUGGAGGAUCUAAUUUAAAGAGAAACACUGAAGAUGAUGACAGCAGUGAUAGUGAUUAUGGAAAUUGGGGUGAAGGUGAUGAUUGGGAUUUCAAUGAUGAAAAAUCUAAACAUAAAGCAUUAUUCAUAAGCAAAGGUGAGCCAGCUGAAAUAAAAAAAAAGAUACUUACAAGUAAUAUAGAUGAACAGUCUAUUAGCAACAGCAUAAAUAUGUCAAAUGACACAUUAAAGAAACCUGUGUCUAAUAAGCUGUCCCCCGUACAAAAUAACAGUCCUAUUGAAAAAGAAUUUGGUGACAGCUGGGAAGACACUUGGGGAGAUCUUGAAGAUAAUUUCAACGCCAAGGCAAAUGUUUGUACGAAAAAAGAUUCAUCAGAAAAAGACUUGCGUAAAGAAUUAGCUGAACGAAGAAAGCAAGAAAGAAAUUUACAGCGAGAACAAGUCAAUCAAGAAAAACGGGGAAAAUCUGCUGGUGCUCUUAAAUUAGGUGCAGUAAAAAAGGUUACAGAUACAAGUGAUUUAAAUUGGGUACAGUAAAAAGACAACAAAAACACGAUUUUUAUUUUUGUUAUAACUUAUUUACAAUUCAACUUUUAAAAUAAAGAAAAUAUUUUUGCUUGA